AUGGAGCAACAGGAUGCUUCAACUCUCUAUCACAACAUGAACUUCUGGGGACGAAAGAAUAUUCCAGCGGGCCGUGCAGCUUUUCAAGUUCUGGAAGAGCUGGUGCUUUACAAUUUCGACGCUCGGGUUAUUGGACUACUCUAUACUCGCCUCGAGCAGUGCGGCAUCGAUAUCUCGGAUCAAGAUGAGGUUGAUAAGGCAAUUUGGAAUAUAAAUACCAGAGGCUUUAUGGACCUAGUGGAGGAUGUUCGCAGAUCCGCAUUUGAGCCGCAAGCCUGGCAAUCGUCCAAGGAGAAGCAUACCAACAAUAUAGUUGAUGAGGAGUUCCUCAGUCAUGCUCGAUACCUUCAACAGAUGGUUGUAUACAAGACCUUAAAGUACGGCAUCAAGAACGGAGAUAUAGGACUCAUCGAUCGAGUCAUUGGUGUCUGUUGCUUUUACUUCGAGUUCGAAAUGCUCUAUCUAAAGCGGCUCACCUGUAACGGACCACGAUAG